CUCCUCCUCCCGUUGGAGGGGCCGAGGGAGGAGACUGUUGCUGAUCUCUGGAUGUUCUGGAUAGUGUGAGGAGAGUAUGAGGCGAGCUCUGGCCCGGGUGCGGCCGGGCUUCGGGGGCGAAGGCGUCGCCGCCAUCUAAGUCGCUGCGCCCGCCCGCGAGGCCCGGCGCGCGGAUGGUGCCGGUGCGGCUCGGGGGCUGAUCGCCUGUCCCCUCCCCUGUCCCCUCCCCCACGCGGUGGGCUGCCCUCCCACCCGGCCCGGCGGAGCCAUGUCUCGGGGUGGCUCCUGCCCACACCUGUUGUGGGACGUGAGGAAAAGGUCCCUCGGGCUGGAGGACCCGUCCCGGCUGCGGAGCCGCUACCUGGGAAGAAGAGAAUUUAUCCAAAGACUAAAACUUGAAGCAACCCUGAAUGUGCAUGAUGGCUGUGUUAAUACAAUCUGUUGGAAUGAAACUGGAGAAUAUAUUUUGUCUGGCUCAGAUGACACCAAGUUAGUAAUUAGUAAUCCUUACAGCAGAAAGGUUUUGACAACAAUCCGUUCAGGGCACCGAGCCAAUAUAUUUAGUGCGAAGUUCUUACCGUGCACAAACGAUAAGCAGAUUGUAUCCUGCUCGGGAGAUGGAGUAAUAUUUUAUACCAACGUUGAGCAAGAUGCAGAAACCAACAGACAAUGCCAAUUUACGUGCCAUUAUGGAACUACCUACGAGAUUAUGACUGUGCCCAACGACCCGCAUACCUUCCUCUCUUGCGGUGAGGACGGAACUGUUAGGUGGUUUGAUACGCGCAUCAAAACCAGCUGCACAAAAGAAGAUUGCAAAGAUGAUAUUUUGAUUAACUGCCGGCGGGCGGCCACCUCCGUGGCGAUUUGCCCGCCGGUCCCGUAUCACCUUGCUGUGGGCUGCUCUGAUAGCUCCGUCCGGAUAUACGACCGCAGGGUGCUGGGCACAAGGGCUACAGGGAACUACGCAGGGCGGGGAACCGCCGGCAUGGUGGCCCGCUUUCUCCCUCCCCACCUCAGCAACAAGUCCUGCAGGGUGACGUCUCUGUGCUACAGCGAGGAUGGCCAGGAGGUCCUCGUCAGCUACUCUUCGGAUUACAUAUAUCUUUUUGACCCCAAAGAUGACACCGCACGGGAACUUAGAACCCCCUCUGCGGAAGAGAGAAGAGAAGAGUUACGACAGCCACCCGUGAAGCGUCUGAGACUUCGUGGCGACUGGUCAGAUACCGGACCCCGAGCGAGGCCCGAGAGUGAACGAGAGCGAGACGGAGAGCAAAGCCCCAAUGUGUCGCUGAUGCAGAGAAUGUCCGACAUGCUGUCAAGGUGGUUCGAAGAAGCAAGUGAGGUCGCACAAAGCAACAGAGGACGCGGAAGGUCCCGGCCUGCAGGUGGGGCAAGUCAGUCGGAGGGGUCGGCUCUUCCCGCGGCCCCGUCAGGCACCGGUGUGGACGUGGGCGACACUGUGAUGGACGUGGACACCCCGGCCGAGCAGCUCCCGCAGCCUUCUGCGUCCUCCCCGGCACCCGCGCCCGAGAGCCCGCCGCCUCCGCUGCAGCCGUCUCUGGACAGGGAGCCCCGGCCGGCCGCCGCGGCGUCCGGCCAGCACGCGCACCGUCAGUCUGAAUUUUUAAGGGGGCCUGAGAUAGCUUUGCUCCGUAAGCGGCUGCAACAACUGAGGCUUAAGAAGGCCGAGCAGCAGAGGCAGCAGGAGCUGGCCGCGCGAGCGUGCCCGCCGCCCCCGGCCCUGGACCCGCAAGCCGCAGAUUCUCCUUCUUCUGUGGUUAACAAACAGCUCGGAUCCAUGUCCCUUGACGAGCAACAGGAUAACAAUAAUGAAAAGCUGAGCCCCAAACCAGGGACAGGUGAACCAGUUUUAAGUUUGCACUACAGCACAGAAGGAACAACCACAAGCACAAUAAAACUGAACUUUACAGACGAAUGGAGCAGCACUUCCUCCAGCUCUAGAGGGAACGGGACCCACGGCGCACCCGAGGGGCCGGAGGGGGCCCGGGGCCCCCAGGGCUCAGAGCCGCCCCCAGCGGGGGACCGCGAGGCAGGAGCGCCCGGAGCCCCCUCGGCGGGCGGGACAGCGCAGCAGGAAGGCACGUCCGCGGAGAGCCCGGCUCAGGGCUGGACAGACACAGCACAACCAGACAAGUGCGCACCCGAGCCUUCGGGCUCCUGCUCAGGCGAAAGGGAGGCCUGCGACCCUGGGGGUCCGUGCGCGGUCCCAGAAGACGCCGCUUGGUCUGAGGAUGGCCGGGAGCCGGGAACUCCCGAGGGGACCAUCGCCGAGACCGCUGCCCGCGGCCGCAGCCGCAGCCCCAGCCCCAGCCCCGAGCCUCCGGCACAGACGGCCGCCGGCGGGCCCGCGCCCCCCGAGGAAGCGUCAGCCGCGGACUCUGCUCUCCCGGACACAGAUGACAGUGAUGAUGACCCGGUCCUGAUCCCAGGGGCCAGGUAUCGUGCAGGACCUGGUGACAGAUUUAAUAUCAGAGGAACAACAAUAGGUGAUAGAAUAAAGAGACGCUCUGCUGUUGCCCGCAUUCAGGAGUUCUUCCGGCGGAGGAAGGAGAGGAAGGAGAUGGAAGAGCUGGACACGCUGAACAUUAGGAGGCCGCUGGUGAAGAUGGUGUAUAAGGGCCACCGCAACUCCAGGACAAUGAUAAAAGAAGCCAAUUUCUGGGGCGCUAACUUCGUGAUGAGCGGCUCCGACUGCGGCCACAUCUUCAUCUGGGACCGGCACACCGCCGAGCACCUGAUGCUGCUGGAGGCUGACAAUCACGUGGUGAACUGCCUGCAGCCGCACCCCUUCGACCCGAUUCUAGCCUCAUCUGGUAUCGAUUAUGACAUAAAGAUCUGGUCCCCACUGGAAGAGUCAAGGAUUUUUAACCGAAAACUUGCUGACGAAGUCAUAACGCGCAACGAGCUGAUGCUGGAGGAGACCCGGAACACCAUCACCGUGCCCGCCUCCUUCAUGCUGCGGAUGCUCGCCUCGCUGAACCACAUCCGAGCCGACCGGCUGGAGGGCGACCGAUCGGAGGGCUCCGGUCAGGAGAACGACAACGAGGACGAGGCCUAGGCGACACGCAGCGGCCGGCACUUACGACGUGUUGAAAUUUGUAUAAGACAUUUAUUAUAUUUUUUUCUUUACAGAGCUUCAGUGCAAUUUUAAGGUUAUGGUUUUUGGAGUCUUCCCUUUUGGGGGUAACCUGGCAUUGGUGUGGAAUGACUGUGUGCAUGAACUUGGGAGCGGGCGUCGGGCCCAGCGAGGCUCUCGCCCGGCUGCCGCGUCUGGGGAGCGCCCGCAGCGAAGUGCAAUACUCCCUCACCGCCAGACGGGGGAGCUCGGAUCGACAUUGGAGAGCCAGUCUCGUGUAGUGACAAUGUUGGUUCCAAUAAAUUUCUACACUUGCCAUUUGCAUGUUUGUUGCUUUCUAAUUAAAGAAGCUGGUUGUUUUAAGAUCUCCUGAAUUUGACUUUGUAUUCAAUGCCUUGUUAUCUUGACCCACGUUUUCCCCAUCUUUUCUGUAACAUAAGACUGUCUCUCUAUUCUUUUCUAGAUUGAAUAA